UUCCCCAGUAGUUCACCCGGCUGCAUUCGGAGCGGCGCUUGGGGAUGCGGGGAGCGCCCGGCCGGGGAGGCAGCCCCAGGACACCCGGCUGCUGCCCUCCCCUCCCACCGCGUACAGAGGGGACUGGGCAGAUCCCGUGCGCAUCGCUGCCGCGGGGGGAGUGACUCUGGCAGGCUCCAGAGCGCUGCGAUAAAAGCUCCCGCGGCUGCUGCCUCCUUCCCUCCCCUUUUCUUGGCUAACCCUAGCCCUGCUCCCCCCACCCCCAGGCGCAGUGACCGCGGCGGCUGCAAAGCCCCAGCGCACACAGGGCGCCCUGCGGCCAGCAUGAGCCUCCCGCUGCCCGCGCCGGGACCGGCCCCUGCGGGCUCCACAUCUGCAGCAGCAGCCCCGCGCGGCGCGGGUACCCGCUGACCGCCCAGCUCCGGGACCCGGAGUCGUCGCUCGCUCCGCGGGGCGGCUGAGAGGGGGGGACACCCAGCCUCCUGCCCCCGGCCCGGACACACAGACAUUCCCCGUAGCGCUCCGGGGCGGCCGCCACCAUGUCCGCCCAGAGCCUGCUGAACAGCGUCUUCUCCUGCUCCUCCCCGGCCGCCGCCUCCUCCAAGAGCCUCUCCAAGCGGAGGCUCCGCCAGACCCGCAGCCUGGACCCAGCCAUCAUCGGCAGCUACAGCCGGGAGGAGGGGGACGCCCCGGCCAGGACGCCCCGAGCCCGGGCGGCUGGCGGCCCCUCGGCGGAGUGCCUAGCCGCCUUCUCCUCCCGCGCCCUGCUGCGCCCGGGGGGCGGCCCGCUCUGCGGCUCGCUCUCCACUCCCAGCACCCCGCUGGAGAAGUCCCCCUCGGGCAGCUUCCACUUCGAGUACGAGUCUAGCCCCCGGGGCAAGAGGAACACGGCCUGGGAGCUGCCCUUCCUGGCGCGCACUCCCUCCGCCUCCGCCCUCAGCGCCCCUGGCGGCGGCGGCGGCACCAACAGCAUCUUCUCCUCCCCGAGGAAGUGGCUCCAGCAGAGGAAGGGGCAGCAGGCGCCCAGCAGCCACCCCUCCUCUUACAUCGUGUGGAAAUCCGAGGGUGACUUCACGUGGAACAGCAUGUCAGGACGCAGUGUUCGGCUGAAGUCAGUUCCCGUUCAAAGCCUUUCGGAGUUGGAGCGUGCCCGGCUACAGGAAGUGGCUUUUUAUCAGUUGCAGCAGGACUGUGACCUAGGUUGUCAGAUUACUAUUCCCAAAGAUGGACAAAAGAGGAAAAAAUCCUUAAGAAAGAAACUGGACUCAUUAGGGAAGGAGAAAAACAGAGAUAAAGAAUUCGUACCGCAGGCUUUUGGAAUGCCCUUGUCCCAAGUAAUUGCUAAUGACCGGGCCUACAAACUCAAGCAGGAUUCUCAGAGAGAAGAGCAGAAAGAUGUGUCAGACUUUGUAGCCUCUCUCUUACCAUUUGGAACUAAAAGACAGAACAAAGAACUCUCAAGCAGUAACUCAUCUCUUAGCUCGACCUCAGAAACACCAAAUGAAUCCACUUCCCCUAACACACCAGAGCCAGCACCACGUGCCAGGAGAAGGGGCGCAAUGUCUGUGGACUCUAUUACAGAUCUUGAUGACAAUCAGUCUCGACUGCUAGAAGCUCUACAACUGUCUUUGCCAGCUGAAGCUCAAAGCAAGAAAGAAAAGGCAAGGGAUAAGAAACUAAGUCUGAACCCUAUUUAUAGACAGGUUCCCCGACUUGUAGAUAGCUGCUGCCAGCAUGUAGAAAAACAUGGUCUCCAGACAGUGGGAAUAUUCAGAGUUGGAAGCUCAAAAAAGAGAGUCAGACAGUUACGGGAAGAGUUUGACCGUGGUGUAGAUGUUGUGCUAGAAGAAGAACACAGCAUCCAUGACGUUGCUGCUUUAUUAAAGGAAUUUCUACGAGACAUGCCAGAUCCACUUCUCACCAAAGAACUUUACACCGCCUUCAUCAACACUCUCUUAUUAGAGCCAGAUGAACAACUAAGCACCUUACAGCUUCUUAUUUAUCUUCUACCUCCCUGUAACUGCGACACCCUACACAGACUCCUGCAGUUCCUCUUUACGGUGGCUAGCCAUGCAGAAGACAGCACAGACAAAGAUGGCCGGGAGAUUAUUGGGAACAAAAUGACAUCACUGAACCUGGCCACCAUAUUUGGGCCUAACCUGUUGCACAAGCAGAAGUCUACAGACAAAGAAUUCACUGUUCAGAGUUCAGCUCGAGCUGAGGAGAGUACUGCAAUCAUUGCUGUUGUACAAAAGAUGAUUGAAAACUAUGAAACCCUUUUCAUGGUUCCCCCUGACCUACAGAAUGAAGUGCUAAUUAGUUUGUUAGAGACUGACCCAGAUGUUGUGGACUAUUUGCUGAGAAGGAAAGCUUCCCAGUCAUCAAGCCCUGAGAUGCUGCGAUCAGAAGGUUCAUACUCUAUGGGAGGGAGACAUUCUUCCACGGAUUCCAACAAAGCCUCAAGCGGAGAUGUCUCCCCUUAUGACAACAACUCACCGGUACUGUCUGAACGGUCACUGAUGGCAAUGCAAGAAGAUGUUGCACUCAGUUCAGAUAAGCUGUACAAGGUACCUGAACAGUACAUGUUGGUUGGCCAUUUGCAAUCUAAAUCAAGAGAGAAUUCAUCUGGAUCAUGGGCUGGGAAAGAUGUUCCAGAGGAUCAUUUCAAUAUCUGGGGCACCUGGCAUUCAACACUGAAACGUGGCUCCAAAGAUCCAGGAAUGACAGGGUCCUAUGGAAACAUUUAUGAAAGCAGUUCACUGCGACCUGGACGGUGCUCUCUUUCCCAAGGGAACCUAUCAUUGAAUUGGCCUCGGUGGCAGGGUAGUGCCACAGAAUUGGACAAUGGAAAGCAAAUAAUCCCAAGGAGUCAGACUACUGCUGCCAUUCCUGAAUGUAGGCCGCAUCCCCCAGUGUCUCGUGUUUGCAGUACUUCGCAAAUUGAAGGUGGCAGGAGGAAUUCAGACCAGUCCAAUUCAAGGUCUGAGCGGCAUUUGACUUUAAGUAGCGCAGAGGACCUUACAGAGCAUGACUCAAAUGUGGGUUGUUUGCCAAGAACAGCUAAACCUUCGUACCUGAGACAAGAAGAUAUAAGUAGAAAGGAGAGGCCACCACCCCCUUAUCCUGGUCCAAAAAAACAAACUUCUGCAUUGUCCCAGCGACCAACUGUCUCUUCAACAGUGCACUCAUUGUGGAGACUUCAAAGACCAGAAAAAAGUUCGGGGACCAUAGCAGCAGGAGGACCAGCAGCUGAAUCAACUGACCAAUCCACCUCCAGUCAGCAGAGGCAGGCCUCACAGAACAAAGUGGGUAACACCUAUUCUACUCCAGCCAAUAAUCAGAACAAUAAAAAUGUAUCAGAGCCAGACUGGCAUGAUUGGCAAAAAGAGCGGUGGCAAAUUUGGGAGCUUUUAUCAGCUGAUAACCCAGAUGCCCUCCCUGAAACCCUUGUAUGAUCAGACUCUUACAGAGAACUGCCCUCCAAGCCUACGCUUCUCUUGAAUAGGGAAAGAAUAGUGACAUUAGAAAACUUUUUGUUUUAUACCAAGUAAAUUUCAUUUUUUAAAAACUUUGUUCACUUUAAAUCUUUAAUAGCACUGUCAAGCAGUCCAUUUACAAAUACAGUAUGUUCCUGUUUCAUAGCAAGCUUUUAAGAGAGAAAAAUGAGAUGAACAUUUCAGUCUAACAACUUUGUAUGCAUAAACUGUGUGUAAGAUAAAACUAUUGCUUUGGUGUUGCUAAGGUGUAUUUAUAUGUCUGCAGUUUUGAUGAUUGUAUAGUCUGGGUUAUGUAUGAUAAUCAUAUAUUAUGUGUUCGUAUACAAAUGACAAUCAAUCAGGACUGCCUUUUUUAAAAAAAAAAAAUCACUGCACUUACUUAUGUUACCAUAAUAUGCGUUGGAAUUCUAUAGAAAGUGCACAAGCUGGUUUCUGUGCUUUUAAACAAUUUGUUAACGGGGGAAAUGUCUUUCUGUUCACUGCCUAUAAAAAACACUAAAAUAGAAUGAAACAUGAAAAGCCAUAUAUUUUAUAAGGGUAGUAGUAAGCUAGGGGGGAAAUUAUUUACCAAAUAUUUUUUCUUAUAAAUAUAAGUUUGUGAACAAAAUUAAAAUUUGAUACAAUGUUAUAAAAGAAUUUUUUUUUUUUUUAGAUUCUGUUAGGAAACAGUUCAGCUAAUCAAUCAAGAGUAAAGUUGUGCCUAAAUCAAACUAACAGAUUUAGUGCAAAAAUUUACCCUCCCAUUCUAGAUCAACUACAAUCUUAUAUAUACAGUAUAUAAUAGAUAAUAUAUAUUUAUAGGUGUAUGAUUUUAUAUAUUGUUUUAAAACAAUGAACUGGAAUCCAAAUUUAAAAAAAUAAAACUAAAUAAGGCAUGUAAUAGAAAGAAAUAUGGCUUUUCCUUUUAAACAACAAAAAUCAAAGCAAUCGAAAUAAGCAUUUACAUGUAUUUUCAUAAAGGAGUCACAUGCAGUGUUUUAGAAAUGAAUAUGACAUUUGGAGAAGUUCACAGCUUUUUGUAUAAAUAUUGUGCCAAAAUUUGGGGAAAUGUUUUUUUUUCCCCCUUCAAUAUAUGUUACAUUGUUAAAUGUUGCUGUUACACAAGUUCUGGUGUUAUUAAACUGCAAAAAUGUUUAUGACCAGCAGGUGGCAAUGUACUUCAGUAUUUUAAGAGGAUUUUUUUUUCACAUAAGGGAAAAUGUAUCAUAUAAAAAGAUUUUUAUAAAACAUGCUAGUCUUAAUUUUAAUGAAGCUGAAAACUUAUUCAAUGAUGUUGUCUUGAAGUUCUAUCUUGUGCCAUAAUGAUGGAAUAAAAAGCUAAGCAAAAGCAUUGCAGUAUUUUUUGCUGUUUUUGUAAUAAUGGUUGUAAUAAAA